AUGCUUCACAUUUAUACAUCCGGUGAUAUAUCUGUCUCAUUGUUCUAUCUGUGGUUGCAGCUAAACCCCGCAAUAAAGACAAGAUGGCAGGACUGCCCCGCAGGAUCAUUAAGGAGACUCAGCGCUUGAUGGCUGAGCCCGUCCCAGGCAUUAAGGCGGAGCCUGACGAAGGGAACGCCCGCUACUUCCAUGUGGUCAUCGCCGGGCCCCAGGACUCGCCCUUCGAAGGUGGCACGUUUAAACUUGAACUCUUUCUCCCCGAGGAAUACCCCAUGGCAGCUCCAAAAGUACGCUUUAUGACCAAAAUAUACCACCCCAACGUAGACAAGCUGGGAAGAAUAUGUCUAGACAUCUUGAAAGAUAAAUGGUCUCCAGCCUUGCAGAUCCGUACAGUCCUGCUAUCAAUCCAGGCAUUACUAAGUGCUCCCAACCCUGAUGAUCCUCUAGCGAAUGACGUUGCAGAGCAGUGGAAGUCCAAUGAAGCUCAAGCCAUAGAGACGGCCCGGACAUGGACCAGGCUUUACGCUCAAAACAACAUAGAAGUGUAGAAAACGCAAAACAAGCGGAAAGAAACCGAGCAGGAAGUCAGUGUGAACACACACACCUCAUUUCUGCCAAGACCUCUUCUUCUUCCUACUUCAUUUGCAUUUAAAGGACACCGUCUUGAAGAGAAAAAAAGCUAUUAUUAUAAUAAAAUAAACAUUUAAGGAAUAUAUUAAAAAAGAGGAAAAAGACAAGUAAAUGUUGUGAUUUUAAAUGCACAUAAGAGAAACUUGACUUGUCUUUGUCAUAACUCACUACUGUUCAGCUGCAUGGGCAGCCAGGGUUAAGAUCUAACUCACCACCUGGCUUUCUUUUUCCAUUGAUUUGGGAGGAAACCGCCAACCUCUGCUUUUAACUAGCUUCGUACAGAAAAUAAAAAAACGAAGUGUUUGUCUGUCCCAUGUUUUUUUCUGAGGGGUUAGGGUGUAGGGAGACAGUGGGGGUUCUUGUCCAAGAUGGGCAAACUUUUUUUAACUUUUCUUUUAACUUUGUUUUCUCUUGUGAUGCUGGUUGUUUAUUGAAAUCCGCUGAUUAGCCCACGUAGUAGACACACCCUUUGAGACAGACUAUGGAUGGACUCAUUCCCCUGUAGAAGGCCUAGCCGCAAAACAACAUCAACACAGCGCCUGCUAAACCACUUGAACAUGAAAUACAAAGUAAUGAUAUAACGACUAAACAAUGAAUCUGAGCCUGCCACCAUCAUCACGUUUAACUGUUGCAACCGCUGUCCGUGUAGAGACCCAAACGUAGGCUUGUGACCUGUAGGUGGGGGAGGCAGGGCAGUGGGGGAGGCGGGACAGGAAUUCCAUAACUUUCUUCUGUUUUAGGAAUAUUGUUUUUCUCGUGUCUCCUUUUAUUUGAUAUGGAUGUUUUCCUGACAUCGCCCUACUAUUACAAAUGACUCUGGCUAAAUGGCUCUUUUAGCUUCUUGUUCUUCCUGUUUGUCACAACCUAAUUCUACAAGACACAACUAUUGACUUCCUCCCCAUGGCAUUCAUUUCAGAAAAUAAUAAUGAGUUGUAAGUUCUGCAGUGUGUUUUUGGGGUAAUUGUGCUGGAGGAGGUUGGGGGGAGGUAUGGGUAGGGGGUGAGGGGGAAUGGGGGGAUUGCAGGAACAAACUCCAAGAGAUCAAUGAAGGCUUUUGUCUCAACUGUCAAUAUUGGUAUUUGGUUUGAAAAGUCUGUAUUCAAUUCACUGUUUGUAAAUUCAUUAUUUCUAUUGAACUGGGUGGGGACAUUUUCCUGCUCUCCAAAUGGUAUGAAAACAGUCCACCUGCAUUUUUUUUUUUUCUGUAAAUAAAAUCUGUUGAUUUAAUAAGAAAA